GAUUUACUUAUGCUACUUUGGCACCAAAGUUCAAAGCUGAAUUCUUCGAUCCUGAUGAAUGGAUGUCACUCUUUAAAGAAGCUGGUGCAAAAUACGUUCUUGUUACAGCGAAAUCAGAGGAUGGUUUCGCCCUAUUCCCUUCGAAGCAUUCAUUUAGUUGGAACGCAGUGCAAACAGGCCCCAAACGAAAUGUCAUGCGCUUGUUAUCGGAAUCUGCAAUUAAAAAAGGGCUAAGAUUAGGCGUUUCAUAUUCUUUACAUCAAUGGCCUCUUGCGCUGGAGAACGAAUACGGGCAUGUCGAUAACCAUAGUACGACAAUUUGGUCUGAUAUAAAGCAGCUUGUUAAUGAAUAUCGAAUCUCUGUGUUAAGAUUUGAAGGAGACUGGGAGGCUCAACAGUUCUACGAAGCUUCUCCGGAGUUUGUAGCAUGGAUUUACAACAAAAGCCCAGUAAGGUUUGAGGCGGUAGUAACUGAUGUUUGGGAUGCGGUGCCUCCUUGUCAUGAGGAGUUACUUCGUUACGAUAAAAAUAUUGAUGUAUAUAAGAAAGAGGAAGAAUUGUCAUUGGACAUGGUAUCCAAAUUUUACAGGAGAUCUACGCGUGCAGACGACGUUAUUGGGAUAGAAGAGCUUAUUAAACGUUUAGUUGAAUUUCUUUGUUUAGGAUAUAACAUUCUGAUUGCCGUACCGCCAGCCCCUGAUGGUACAAUUCCGCUAAUAUUCCAAGAGAGACUAUUGCAGCUGGGAGAAUGGUUAAAAAUUAACGACGAAGCAAUUUAUGGAUCAUACCCUUGGUCAGUGCAAACAGAUUCUCUUAAUGAAGAGGUAAAGUACUUCUCUAGCAAGCCCAUUUUUGCCAUUGGAGAAAGAAUGAUAUACGCCGUGUUCACCAGUUGGCCGCAAAACAAUGUGCUAUCAAUCUUUGACGCUGCAUUUCUUGUGGACUAUAACGAUUAUCGUCUCAAGUUAUUGGGUGAAAACAACAAAAAUGAAUUAUUUUGGAUACGACAGGAACAAGAACUCCAAAUAUUUCUGCCUAAUAAAGUCACUGUUAAGUCUAAAUACGCGUGGAUUGUGAAGUUUGAGCCGAAGAAAUAAUUCAAUAAUUUAUUUAUUUUCUAGUUGUGAAUAAUACCCAUUUUCUUCUAAAAGCUAUGCUUCACGGGUUCUAGUUUUCAAUUAUUUCUUUACUUCGUAAAAUACCGACUGCCGAUUCUUUUCUUACUUAUUCAACAAGUUAUUUACGCAUAAAGAUUAUCAAAUUUGGAACUAAGUCCCAAUGCGUAAAAGUAUUUAAACUAGUUGUUUGCACUAUACAGAUGGCACGCGCGUUACCUAGACGGUUCACUCUUUUGUGCCAAUGUACUCUAUUCUAAAAAAAGAUGAAGCAAUAAGACGAAACGGAGCAAAUAAUAUUUCGCCAACUAUACUUACCUACAUACCGCACCAUCCUUCCCCGCUUCGUCUCGCGAUCUCUUGUACGAUGCGCACGUGUUGUGUCGCCGCGCGCCAUUUCAACGCACCAUGUGGCCAAUCGUUCCGAUUAUAUGUAAUACAACGC